GCGACCGCUCGCGUACACCGCAUCGCGCUAGGACACUCGAAUUUCGAACCCCAAUUUCAAACAGUGCUGUGUUACAAUCCAAAACGAGGCCUAAACACAACGAAUUGUCAAAAAUAAAACUUUAUUUUUUAAUUUUUAUUUCUUUUAAAGACUUUCAAGGACGUGCAAUUAGGAUAUUGGGCGCUGAUUAAAUAGUGUUUUUUUUUUGUAUAGAUAAGAUAGUAACGUCGUAGUCUUUUCGUGCCAAGUGAUUGAUCGACGCGAGCAAUUAACGUUUUAACGUUUUUUAAGUGAAAUUUCUAAGUUCUAGUGUUGAGUUCAUUAACACGCGAAAGUUUGGAUUUUGACGUUGAACGACUCUCCAAAAAUGUCUCAUGCACUCGCUCCGACCACGCGCCAUAGAUUAUAAAACGCCCUCAAAAUGAGCACCCACACUCGCAAACGGUCGACGCGGUGACUGUCCACUACCAUAAGAUGGCGCUGUUGACCAACUCGGCCUCUGCCACCGGACCCACGGCCACCGGGCCCGCGGCGCCACAGGCCCACUCCGCCACGCCGCUGCAUCACUACUUCCACUACCUGAAGCAGCCGUCCCCACUGGCCCAAAACCCGUACGCGCACCACUCGAGCGCCCACCACAUGGGCAUGGGCCCAGGCCCACUGGGCGGGCUGGGCCCGUUUGGGCUCACACACCACGGACUCGAAGCUGUUGGGUUCCCGCAAGACUAUUACUUGUCGCCAGGUGUGAACCCGCGGAAGCAGCGCCGGGAACGAACCACGUUCACGAGGGCCCAGCUGGACGUCCUAGAGGCUCUAUUCGGCAAGACUCGGUACCCUGACAUCUUCAUGCGGGAAGAGGUUGCGCUGAAGAUCAAUCUACCUGAAAGUCGAGUGCAGGUUUGGUUCAAGAACCGAAGAGCAAAAUGCAGACAGCAGCUGCAGCAGCAGUCCAACACGCAGAUCUCUAGCAAGUCCUCGUCAACCUCCAAAACCUCAAUUUCCUCCUCUUCCUCCCUCAAAGGCUCCUCCACCACAAACUCCUCCAAAAUCUCCACCAGCAAAUCCUUAACCACCACCAACUCCAGUUUGUCGACAACGCAGAACUCUUCUAGCAUUACUACAACUUCCCCCAACCUGCCUAUUACCCCCACGACUUCUGUAAGUCCCCCAAUUAAUGUUAUUUGUAAGAAGGAAUCUACCCCUUCUAAUUAUGACUCGAACAAGAAUAAUAGUUUAACGUCUUUAUCGCAUCAUUACAACAAUGAUAGUCUGAGAAUCAGUGCGAAGGAUUCCUCGCCUUCUGAUUCCAUUUCCAAUGUGCACGGUUACGGGGUGACGCCUAAGCAAGAGUUGUAUAGCAGUCCAAAGAGGCUGGACUAUUCUAGCAAGAUUGACUAUUCUGAGAAGUCGUUUGGCAGUAGUUUAGUGAAGGACCAGUACAGCUCUCGUCUGACUGGGAACCUGACGCCUCUAGGGUCGAACUCCUCGAUAAUGACGACUCCCUCACCCCCGAUAACUCCUCAGAGCCUGAAUGGGCCGGGGAACGUGUACCACCCCGACAGCUACAACAGCUUCCACUGGCCGGGCAGCUCAGACUACAUCCGGAGCUACUCCACGUCCCAUCACCAUCAGGGCUACGGACAGAGCGCUUAUAAUUCGCCGUAUUAUCCAAGCCAGAUGGAAUACUUCAACGGUUCCUCCGUCAACCAGAGUCACGGGAGCCACCACAGCCACAACCUGACUACGAACGGCAACCAGCUUUACAACCAGGUUUCCUUCGGCAACCCCUCCCCUCCCGCCGCUUGGCCGUCCCACCACAACAUCUUAUCCUCAGGCCCUGAAUCCCCAGAAAACCAAACCCAGAAUUCGCCACACCUGAGCAUGCUUCAAGCCUCGCAAAUUUCGAACUUCUCAAAUUCAGGGAACAGUUACUUUGCGCCAGAAAAGUACGGGAUUAACAUGGUGUAGUGUCUCUAGUCUUUCUUAGGUUAUUUUGUAAAUAUUGUGUAAAGUUAGGCGAUAGUUCGGGAGAUCGGGAGUUUAUAUUGCUACUGCACGAUUGAUAGGCCAUCUUGCGUCCUCACCGUAGUUUGUCAUCUGCUAAAAUAAUUUUCGGAAACUAAUAUAAAGUGGCAAUAAAGGUACAGUAUAUAUUAUCCGGUUACUAAUACGUUUUUAUCAGUGUUGCCAUUUUAUUGCCGCUUUAAAUAACUAUGUGUGAAUUAUAACAAACAUUCAGAAUUAAAAUCAACAGAUUUAUCACAAAACGCAACUUAUUUUAUCAAUUUAUCAUCUUUGUCAAGAUCAUAUUUUCGGAAAAUUUUCAAUAGACCCUUCAAUGUUUUGUCACUUGAAACUUACGCUGCACUUUUUCCAAAAUGUUGAGGUUAAAUUGAAAAUUUUCGGAAUAUAUGCCGUGUACAUAUCAGUUGUAUAAAAGUUAACAACAUGGUUCUUCGUUGCAAAUAAACUCUCGAUUUUCCGAACAAACACUUGUUUGUUCAUUGAAGAUAUAAAUUGUUGUUCUCACAUUUUUACUUAUUGUAAAUUAUUUUUAGGCAAGAAUUUGGUGUCAUGCUACGGUACAAUAUUAAUUAUCUUAUAUAAGUACUUAAGUAUUCUCAGAUAUUUUAUAUUUACAUUUACUUUUGAAUGCCUAUGUGUUCAUAAUUACUAAAUCAAUAUAGUACAACUUAUUAGCUAUUUUUGACCAUUUCUUGCCUAAAACCUAAUUUACAAAUGUACUUUUGACCUACAACAUCAAUAUUAUUUUCAAAAUGGCGGACAGUGUCAAUAAAAAAUAUCAACGAAAAUAUUUUAAAAUAAUUUGGAGGCCUAAGUAUGUAUCGAAAAAACCUUUUUUUAUGCCAUAUUUAAAAAAGCCGAUUACAUUGAUUUAGAAGAGUGUAUAGAGAUUUUCUUUUUUUAUAUUACUUAUUAUAUAUUGGUCCCUGAAUCCUCCUUGUAAAAUACCCCAGUCAUAUCAAUUUAUAUUUAAAAAGAAGUUAGGCUAUGUUUAGUGACGGAAUUCGCUAAAUUAAUGAGUUAAUAUAGUUUUUAUUAUUGUAAAUAAAUUAUACGUAAGAGCUUUAUUUUUAAAUAAAUUUGUAAAUGUGUGUGAGGAUGUAUAUGUGACUUAUAUUGUCUAGUUUGUAAGGUUCCGUGUUUUACUUUGAUAUAUUUCGAAAUAUAAGGCUGAACGGUAAAUAUAUUUUGCCGAUUCAGUGUUGAAUAAGAAAUCUUUACUGCCAGAGUUCAAAAAUAAUUACGUUAUUUUAAUUCUUGACAAGAAAUAUUAUAUCAAAAUGCUAAUAAAAUAAACCUGCCAGACUUACAAAUCGAGGUUAUUUUAAUUGUUGACAAAAAAAGUAAAAUACAGUAAAUUUAAAAUAUUUAAAUUCCAAUGUCAUAAAACUAACCUAACCUAACCUCAAAAUUAAACAAUGUAAAAAAUAUACGUUAAAUUCAAAACUCACUUAUGAGAUUAUUAGUUAAUUGUAUUUUUAUUUUUCAAAUCAAAUUGUAGUACUUAUAUGUAAUGAAAUUUGUAAUUUAUAGUACUUUUUAAGCUUGGACAUAGCUAAGUUAGAAGUAAGCAAGUACAUUCAAUUGUACGACGUUCGAAGAGUCAGUGUAUUUUUUUUAAUUUAAGUUGUAUUAAUUAUUAACUGAUAGUUAUUGAAAUAUUGAAUCCGAAUAUAUGCAUAUAAAAUACA